AUGUCUGAAGUCUUUCACUGUGAUGGUUUGUUGUUAUGCAUCACGAGAGACCGCACUAGGUUCGUUGUUUGGAAUCCGUAUUGCGGCCAAACCCGGUAUUUCAACCGAAAGGACGUGAUGGACAAGUAUGCUAUUGGAUACGAGAGGGACAAGUAUGCUAUUGGAUACGAGACGAGAGAAUCGAGCGGCCGCAGCUAUAAAGUUUUAAGAUUUGGUGAAUUUAAUUCGGAAUACGUUUAUUAUGAACUUGACUAUAUCAACUCAUCUGAAACGCGGAUGGUGAUUAUCCCUACGGUUAUCACUGCGGACUGGUUUAUACCUUAUCAUCAACGUGGCGUGUCUCUCAAAGGAAAUACUUAUUGGUAUUGUCAGUCAAAGUCUAAUGCAGGAGGAAGAGUAUUCUUCUUAGUCUGUUUUGAUUUUACAAGAGAGAGAUUUGGACCGCAUCUAAGUCUACCGUUUCUCUCUUAUACGGGAGAUACUCUAAGUAUAUCUAGUGUUAGAGAUGAGCAACUUGCAGUGUUAUUUCAGCAAGAGGAUACAUUACAUAUGGAGAUAUGGAUUACGACAGAGAUUGAGCCCGAAACAGUGUCGUGGAGCAAGCUGUUCUUUGCGGUGGAUGGUUUACAUAUUCCGGUUCCGGGUCGUCGCUUUGGGAGUUUCUUUGUUGACGAGGAGAAGAAAGUUGUCGUUGUUUUUGAAAAAGAGUACUGCAGAGAAAUGUGGGAGAGCAACAUAGCUGCUUAUAUCAUUGGAGAGGAUGGAAUUAUCACAAAAGUAGAUUUAGGAAAAGCUGUAAGCACAUCUUCUUAUCAUCCACAAAUGUGCUCUUGUGUUCCAAGUCUAGCGCAAAUCAAAUUAAAUGACCACAACUGUAAAGCUGAGGAACUCUCUCUCUCGUUUAACACCUUAACACGCUCUGGCUUUCUUGCCUAA